CACUUUGAGGCGAGCUCACGAGUCAUCAGUCUACCGCAGAUAAUAAAAGGCUCAGCCAAAUCAGGCGUCGUCACAGUCGAAUUUUCCGGCGAAGAUGAGAACCGGAAAGGGGAAUCAAGAGGAGGAGGAUUACGGAGGAGAAGAGGACUUGGGCUCGAAACGGGAAGGUUCUUCUUCCGCGAGCAGAGCAGAUGCAAAGGACAAUGAUAAGGCUAGUGCGGUACGUUCUAAGCAUUCGUUGACAGAGCAGCGGAGAAGAAGCAAAAUCAAUGAAAGAUUUCAGGUAUUGAGAGAGCUGAUUCCCAACAGUGAACAGAAAAGAGAUACUGCUUCAUUCCUUUUAGAGGUGAUAGGUUAUGUCCAGUAUUUACAAGAGAAGGUGCAAAAGUAUGAAGGAUCAUAUCCUGGAUGGAGUCAGGAACCAACAAAGUUGACUCCAUGGAGGAAUAAUCACUGGCGAGUUCAGAGUUUAGCGAGCCAUCCAGUAGCUGUAAAUAAUGUAUCUGCUCCAGUGAUACCGUUUCCUGGGAAGUUUGAAGAAAUCACAGUGGCCUCUGCACCUGCAACUGUUGCAGAAUUGCAAAACCCUGUUGAAUGUGACAAAGGAAGAGCUAUAGCCUCCAAAUCAAUAGACAGUCAAGCUGAGUUAGAUGACAAGGGAUUACCGCCAUUACAACCAAUCCAUCCAUUGGCACACAGUGAACAAGUUAAUAAUGAAUGUCCUGCAACAAGUGAUGGGCAAGGCCCAAGUGACGACCUGGUUAUUGAAAGUGGAACCAUUAGCAUCUCUACUGUCUACUCGCAUGAGUUAUUGAGCUCAUUAACACAAGCACUCCAGAACGCAGGCAUCGAUCUCUCGCAUGCUAAACUUUCUGUGCAGAUUGAUCUUGGAAAGCGAGCCAAUCCAUCCAAUAAGAAUCUGUUAACAUCUGAUAUUGAAGGCGCUACAAGAUCAAGGAAUCCAGGCGUUGAGGAAGACUCUGAACAUUCUCAUAAGCGGAUGAGAACACUGUGACAUCUCUCUCAGGCUCCAAUGAAGCUCUGGAAUAUAUAUAAAUGUAUUGACAGAUAUCUUCUUUUGUGUAAAUUUGUUCGGCUUCUAGGGGAAUCCUGUUAGUAGUAUCUAGUGGUUUUGAGUUUGUAUCAUCUUCUGCAUUAUUCAUGGAACCUAUCAAACACAAUGUUACUUCCAUAAAGACAACAUAGUUUCGGGAAAAAGAUUCGAUA